UAUUACGUCAUCAACCGGCGACGCCACACAUGUCGACAACACGGGGAGGAUAAGCGGCGAAGGAAGGUGCGAAGGCAGUCCAGCCUCAGAUGUUGAGGCAAAAGAAGCACGUCUCCUGUAAACACGUGCGUGGUGACCAUUCCUUGCUCAGACAUGAGCGACAGUGACGACGAUGACGUCCCCAGACUCUCGGCGCACACCCUGGCCGCUCUGCAGCAGUUCUACAGUGAGAGCGGCCGAGGUCCAGAGCAGCAGCAGCAGCCCAAGGACUCAUUCGCUGUGGGAGCUGUUGAGGAGGACUGGCGGAUGAGUCAGUUUUGGUACAGUGAUGAAACUGCUCGCCAGUUGGCUGAGGAGCUUGUACAUGAAGCUGGAGGCGGAGGAAGGAUCGCUUGUGUCAGUGCGCCCAGUGUGUAUCAGAAGCUAAAGCAGGAAGUGGUCAGUGGCUCGGACUCCGUGUCUGCCGUGGUGUUGGAGUACGACCGCCGCUUCUCCUGCUACGGUCAGGACUUCGUCUUCUACGACUACAACGAGCCGCUGAACCUCCCGACCUCCGUGACCCCUCGGAGCUUCGACAUUGUGCUGGCCGACCCGCCGUACCUGUCACAGGAGUGUCUGACCAAGGUGGCCCAGACCGUCAAGUACCUGAGCAAAGGCAAAGUUCUGCUGUGCACUGGAGCCAUCAUGGAGAAUCUAGCCAAAGAGCUGCUGGAUUUAAAAAUGUGCAGCUUCCUGCCGCAGCACAGCAGGAACUUGUCCAAUGAGUUUCGCUGUUUCGUCAACUACCCAUCCCGACUCUUGUCGUGCUGAGCUCACUAGCACUCUAACAGGUUGGAGGGGAAACUACACUCAGCCAUUGCAGACCAGCCGCAACAGAUGCAUUUUUCAGAUGAACGUUUUAGUUCACAUUUUAAGGCCGCAUUGUGUACCAGCUGCGUUGAAUUAAAGACUCUUGCAUGUCAUUAUGUCAGAAUAUCAAGACCCUACAAUGUAACUGUACACAUUUGGCUGUGUGCAAAAAAGAACUUAAAGUAUUCCACA